CAGUGUUUAGUGUAUCCUCUUCGAUCAAAGUAGAGGAGGAAGAAGAAGAAAAUGGGAACCCUAGGCCGAGCAAUAUACUCCGUCGGCUUCUGGAUUCGCGAAACCGGCCAAGCUCUUGAUCGUCUCGGCUGCCGCCUCCAAGGCAACUAUUACUUCCAAGAGAAACUGUCUAGACAUCGAACUCUGAUGAACGUAUUUGACAAAGUACCUGUGGUUGAUCAUGACGCAUUUGUCGCUCCCAGCGCCUCCAUCAUCGGGGAUGUUCAAGUCGGUAGAGGAUCUUCUAUCUGGUAUGGUUGUGUUCUCAGAGGUGAUGUGAACAGUAUUAGCGUUGGAUCGGGAACUAAUAUACAGGAUAACUCGCUUGUGCAUGUGGCGAAGUCUAAUCUAAGUGGGAAGGUGUUGCCAACUAUAGUUGGGAACAAUGUUACUGUAGGUCAUAGUGCUGUUCUUCAUGGAUGUACUGUUGAAGAUGAGGCUUUUGUUGGUAUGGGUGCAACACUUCUUGAUGGUGUCGUUGUUGAGAAAAAUGCCAUGGUUGCUGCUGGUGCCCUCGUAAGACAGAACACAAAGAUACCUGCUGGAGAGGUUUGGGGAGGCAAUCCUGCAAAAUUUCUCAGGAAGCUAACUGAUGAAGAGAUAGCCUUUAUCACGCAGUCAGCCACCAAUUAUUCUAAUCUUGCACAGGUUCAUGCUGCUGAGAAUGCUAAGCCUUUUGAUGAGAUUGAGUUUGAGCAGGUACUUCGUAAGAAGUUUGCUAAUCGGGAUGAAGAGUAUGACUCAAUGCUGGGUGUUGUUCGUGAAACUCCACCUGAACUUGUUCUUCCAGAUAAUGUCCUACCAGAUAAAGCACCCAAGGCAGCUUGAGGAACAACAUCACCUGAAAUUGCGGAGGCACUAGGUAUGCGGCAUAUGCCAUUAUGAUUGCUUCUCAACUUGGACUAAGCAAUAUUAUUAUUGAAGGUGAUUGCUUAAAUAUGAUCUCUGCAACUCAAGGCAAAAAGAAUAUUCCGUCAGCAAUAGAAGUUAUAAUUCUUGAUACCGUUUGCUUAUUAUCGUCUUUUAUUACUUGCGACUUUGAAUAUGUUAAGCGAAUUUGUAAUUGGAUGGCACAUGAAGUGGCUAAAAGUUCCUUAAAGUCUCCUUUUUAUGAAUUAUUUCAGUAAAUACCGUUAUUUAUAUCUAA